AUGAAUUGCACUUAUCACAUACAAAAUCCAAUCACUUCGAUAUGUAUAGCUCCUCAUGAGUGCUAAAGGAAACUUUGUGUUAAAUGCUUAUAUGAUCAUGGGGUGGAGAUCAAAAAAACUGUUCUGAUUGAAGAAUUUAAAGAAAUGGUGAUCCAAAAAUUAAAAAACUUUAAGCUUGAUGAUACAUCAGAAUUAACCAAAUAGAGAAUGGCUUUUAAAUCAAUGCUCUCACAAACUGAGAGUAUGGUGAAGAAAAUUGGGGAAGAAUUAUCAGAAUCAAUCAAAUAAAUAUAUGAUAUGAUUGAUCAAUAAAACAAAUCAUAUCUUGAUCUCAUUAACGAGAAUACAAAUCUAAUUGAAACUUCAAAUACAGAAUUAGAGAAAAUAGUACAAAUAUUUGAAGGAAGAACAUUAAAUGUUUGGAAUGCUUCGAAAAAUUUUUAUUUGAAUUAGUUGGAAAAAGUGAAGAAUUUAUGGGUCUCACAAAUUAAGUCUUUUAAUGAAAAGAUAAAGAAAGAAACAAAUGAGAUUUUUUAAUAGCAAUUUAAACCAUCUACUACCACUAUAAAGCCUAUUUAAGAACAAGCUGAAGUUUAUUAAAUGAAGGAAGAUCUUUAUGAGAUGCUAUCCUACAUCCAGGAAAUAGAUGAAUCUCUCUAUUAAAAGGUUCUUGAAACACUUAAAAAAGAGAAAGUUUCAGACAUUAUUGGAUUCCUGUCAAAGACAAACAAUAAUCAGUUUUAUGAAUCUUUAAACUACAAGUAAGAGAAUAUAAUGGUGAUCAAGAAGUAAGUAAAGAAAAUAACAAAUGUCUUGAAGAAUAUUUAGGAUCAUAAAUUUUAUAAAGAUGACUAUUCUCAUGAAAUAUAUGAAAAGGAAAGAGUGGAUCUAAUCAAGAGGAUAAAGGAUAACAAAGGGAUAACAUAUUUCAUCAAAUUUUUAGUACGACUAACAAGCAUAGAUGUAAAAUUUAUUCAAACGGGAUCAAAUGGAUUUAGUUUAUUAGUGGCCAUGAAGGUUGAUCUUAGAAACCAAUCAUUUGAAAAUAUCAGGAUCAAGAAUACUUCUUUAAUUGGAGGAAACUUUGUAAGAUGUAAUUUGAAUGGAUCAGAAUUUGAGAAUGUGGAUAUUAGUGGAGUCAAUUUUAAUGGAGCUUAAAUGUUCAAUUGUAAAUGGAAGAACAUAAAAGUCCAUGAAUUGAAUAGGUUGGAUGG